AGGGCUCCCCUUAUGGUUCAGACACUCACAAGUCCACUCAAGGCAGCGAGGGAAAGAAGCAGCUAUACUUUCUCUCUCUUUCUAUCUGUGUCUGUCUCUCUCAUCUCUUCUUCUUAGUAUUUAUGGACUUUACUUUCUAGAGGGCUCAAUAUGGCAAGAAUGAGAAUUCAACUGGUGUGCAUGAUCCUGCUGGCUUUCACCUCCUGGAGUCUGUGCUCAGAUUCAGAAGAGGAAAUGAAAGCGUUAGAAGCAGAUUUAUUGACCAAUAUGUAUACAUCAAAGCUUAACAGAGCGAAACUUCCUUACUGGAAGAUGACCCUGCUCAAUGUGUGCAGUCUUAUAAACAACAUAAACAACCAAGCAGAGGAAACAGCGGAGUCUGAGGAAGAUGACAUCCUUCUGAGAGGACAGUUUCCUGCUGCUCUAGAUGGCUCCAGCUUGGAAGCGAUGCUGACAAUAUACCAGCUCCAAAAAGUCUGCCACAGCAGAGCCUUUCAGCACUGGGAGAUACUUCAGCAGGAUGUUUUCAAUCAAGAGGAUUCAAACCAAGAUAUAAUGAAGAGAAAAACUCCUUAUAUCCUGAAACGGCAACUACACGUUAACAAAGCCAGAAGACCGUACAUACUCAAGAGAAGUUCAUAUUACUGAUGCAGCAAAGACAGCAAUGUAUAUUUAGUUUGAGUAACUGUGCUUUAUGGUUCUUAUUUAAAUCUAAAAUCAUAUUUGUGUGAAAAAUAUACUAUGAGAAAUCAUCAAGAUUAUAACAUAACUGUGUCUUUUUUGCAAUUGUUGUUUCUUGAACGUGAUUUUUCCUACUUGAGAUUAAUUGGACCAAUACAUUUACAAAUAAAUCUAGUUUCUAAGCAUGAUGUAUUGUACACAUCUGAGAUUUCAACAUAUUUGCUACAAUAUAAGAGGGUUUUUUGUGUUAUAAAACAAACCUUCCUACCCCAAAAAGUAAAUCAAUAGUCCAUAAACACCAGUAAAUAUCAUAAAAUGUCUCAAACACCUCAAAACCAAUCUAUGCUGGCAAACUGAUGUGUAAUAUGGUGAUCAGAAUUGCCACAAUGUUUUCUGACCAGUGGCAAUUAUCGGGAUUUAAGUCUAAAUAAGCAAGGAAACAUUGUGCAUUGGUUAUUAAGUUGCAAAUUCAAAUAUUUUUUAAGUGAUCUUCCUUAUUUUGGUGGAUUUAACUUGUUGAUUCUUCAUGGACCAGUGAAGGACCAUGAUGUAAUAAAUAAUAAUAAUAAUAAUAAUAAUAAAUUAUAUUACUACUAUUAGAGAGAAAAUAUUUUCACUGAUGUCUGCUAGUUGAACAAAGCCAGAAGGUAGUAUCUACUUCAGAGAAAUUCAUAUUAUGACUGAGGCAAGAAAGCAACAUUUAUUUCAUUUAUGCAAUCAAUUAAACAACUUAUGUUCUCUCCAUACUUUAUGCAUGCUGAAUGGAAGUACUUAGUUUUACUCUUUAAGGGAUGAUCUAAAGUCCAAUGAAGUCAAUAAAAAUGUCCUAAAUCAUG